AUGAAGAAGGAGGUUCAACAACUGCUGUGGAAAAGAAAGUAUGACUUCACAAAGGCCAUGCAGGCACACAGAGCAGCUCAGUCAGAAAUGUCAAAGCAGAAAGCAGAGGAGGAAAAGGCAAAGAAGAAGGAGGCAGAAAACUCAGUGGCCAAGAAAGAGGAUUUAAGACAAGAGGAAUGUGAGGAAGAGAAAGAAAACUCAUGCAUCAGUGAGGAAGCCACAUCAAAAAUAGGAGAGGCAGAACUAGCCACUCAAGACAUGUCUGUUGAGGAAAGUGAGAAGACAAAAGCCAUAGGACCAGCACCAGAAGAAGAUCUCAUCAAGCUCACCUCACGUGAAAAGAAAAAGAUUGACUGGCGAGACAAGCUUUAUUUAGCGCCACUCACUACUCUAGGGAAUCUGCCUUUUCGCCGGAUCUGCAAACGUCUUGGGGCAGAUAUUACUUGUGGAGAAAUGGCAUUGUCAGUUAAUCUCUUACAAGGUUCAGCUAGUGAGUGGGCUCUUGUAAAGCGGCAUGAAUCUGAAGAUGUUUACGGAAUUCAGCUUUGUGGGAGCAAUGCAGAAGCCAUGAUCAAGUGUGCUGAACUUCUUGACAGAGAAAUUGGUGUUGAUUUUAUUGAUAUUAAUAUGGGAUGUCCCAUUGACCUUGUAUAUAAACAGGGUGGAGGCAGUGCCUUGAUGCGCAGACAGAGUUGUCUAGAACACAUGGUGCGUGGUAUGACAAAAGUAAUGUCCAUACCACUCACUCUGAAAAUGAGAACUGGUGUAUAUAGAGAUGCAUCAGUGGCUCACAGUAUCAUCGAGAAAGCAAAAUUGUGGGAUGUAUCUAUGGUUACGCUUCACGGAAGAUCAAAAGAACAGAGAUACCUGAAGCUAGCAGACUGGAAGUAUAUUAAGGAGUGUGCAGUUGUUGCAGACCCAAUGCCAUUAUAUGGAAACGGAGACAUCUUCACAUACGAAGACUACAAAUACCAAAAGGAAAAUUCAGGUGUUGCAGGUGUAAUGAUAGGGAGAGGUGCCUUAAUUAAACCAUGGAUCUUCAAGGAAAUUAAGGAGGAAAAACAUUGGGACAUAACAUCAAGUGAACGUUUUGAUAUAUUGAAAGAGUAUGUUAACUAUGGGUUGGAGCACUGGGGAAGUGAUAAUGAGGGCAUUGAAAAGACUCGACGGUUCCUGUUGGAAUGGUUGUCCUUCCUCCAUCGUUAUAUUCCAGUUGGGGUCCUUGAGCAGACACAGAAAAUCAACCAGAGACCUCCACUGUACAGAGGGCGUGAUCACCUCGAAACUCUGAUGAUCUCCAAGUCCGCCAAAGACUGGAUCAAAAUCAGUGAGAUGCUACUUGGACCAACCCCUCCAGACUUUGAAUUUUUACCAAAACACAAAGCUAAUGCUUAUGGGUGAAGUCUAUUGCUAUGUAGUUUAAAUGUAAAUCAGAAUAGGUAUUACAUCUUAAAAUGUGAAGAAAUUGUCCAGUAUUUUACCAAGGAAAUUACAGUCUUUGAAAACUUAAGUUAUUGUAGUUUAUGGAGGUUUAAAAAAAUAAUAAUAAUUUUAUGUUCUGAUGGUUUAUACAAGCAUUAUUAAUACAGAUCUUUUGUCAUCAUCUGAUUUUAUUUUGUAUUAAUGACCCAACUUAAUAUUGCAUUUAAACACAUGGGAAAAGCAGCAUAAAAAUGCAAUUUACUUAUGUAUAUAAAGAGUUUUUAUCUUUGUUCAAAGAUUUUCAGAGAAUACCUUGUACUGCAGAGAAAAUAUGAAAUGUACACUCUAAAAGUC